AAGGGAAUGGAAGGAAAUCUGAUAAAAAGAGAAACGUUGACGACAAAAGCGAAAGCACUGGAGCCAAGCGAGAAAGACCAAGCCCCAACUUGGGGAACUCGUUCGCAACUGAAACUCCAACGACCUCAUUCAACACUCAUCGUUCUCUCCGAUUCCCAUUCCUACACUAUUUAACCAAUCCCUCACAAACUCACGCUUCCCUCACCACACGCCAUGAAUCCCUACAUUUUCGGAGCCAUACUCCCUCUCCUCGUCACGCUCCUCGUCCGCAACGCCUCCCGGGGGCCCAAACGCCGAGGCCUUCCGGUCGACGUCGCCGGAGACCCCGGCCUCGCCCUCCGCAACCACCGCUUCGAGUCGCCGGUGCGGAGCGCGUGGGAGGGAGUCGCCACGCUCGCCGAGCUCUUCGAGGCGGCCUGCAAGGCGCACGCGGCCAGGCUCCUGCUCGGGACGCGCGCCCUGGUGGCUCGCGAGGUGGACGCCAGGUCCUUCGAGAAGCUUCACCUGGGAGAGUACCGCUGGCUGUCGUACGCCGCAGUCUUCGACGUCGUUUCGGCCUUCGCCUCUGGCUUGGCCUACAUCGGCCAUCUCAGGGAGGAGCGCGUCGCGAUCUUCGCCGACACGCGCCAGGAGUGGUUCAUGGCGUUACAGGGUUGUUUCAGGCGAAAUGUGACAGUUGUGACUAUAUAUGCAUCAUUGGGAGAGGAAGCUUUAUGUUACUCAUUGAAUGAGACAGAGGUUACAACAGUGAUAUGUGGGCAAAAAGAAUUGAGAACACUUCUAAACAUUAGUGGACAACUAGACUCAGUGAAACGUGUGAUAUGCUUGGAUGAUGAUAUCCCAUCUAAUGCCUCAGCUAUUGCAUUUGACUGGAUAAUCACUUCCUUUGCCGAGGUUGAGAGACUUGGUAGAGAAAAUCCUGUUGAUGCUGAUUUACCUCUUUCAGCAGAUGUUGCAGUUAUAAUGUAUACAAGUGGAAGUACAGGAUUACCUAAGGGUGUGAUGAUGACACAUGGCAAUGUCUUAGCUACACUCUCUGCUGUGAUGACAAUUGUUCCUGACAUUGGGACAAAGGACGUAUAUCUUGCAUACUUACCAAUGGCUCAUAUCUUAGAAUUAGCAGCUGAAAAUUUGAUGGCAGCUGUUGGGGUUCCCAUAGGGUAUGGUUCUCCUUUGACCCUUACUGAUACAUCAAACAAGAUAAAAAGGGGAACAAAAGGGGAUGCCACUGCACUGAGGCCAACUUUAAUGGCAGCUGUACCAGCAAUUCUUGAUCGUGUUCGAGAUGGAGUGUUCAAGAAGGUAAAUGCAGCAGGAGGAUUGCCAAAGAAGUUGUUUCAUUUAGCCUAUGCACGGAGGCUUCAAGCAAUCAAUGGCAGUUGGUUUGGAGCUUGGGGCUUGGAAAAGGCUCUUUGGAAUUUUCUUGUGUUCAGAAAGGUCCGGGCAAUUCUGGGCGGCCGGAUCCGUUUUAUACUGUGCGGUGGUGCUCCCCUUUCUGGUGAUACCCAGAAGUUCAUCAAUAUUUGUCUUGGUGCUCCAAUCGGUCAAGGAUAUGGUCUUACAGAGACUUGUGCUGGUGGGACCUUCUCUGAUGUUGAUGAUACAUCCGUUGGCCGUGUCGGACCACCUCUUCCAUGCUCAUAUAUUAAGCUAAUCGACUGGCCUGAAGGUGGAUAUUUAACAAAUGACUCACCAAUGCCCCGUGGUGAAAUUGUAAUUGGUGGUCCAAAUGUCACUCUUGGGUAUUUCAAAAAUGAAGAAAAAACAAAAGAAUUAUACAAGGUUGAUGAAAGAGGAAUGAGGUGGUUUUACACUGGUGAUGUUGGGAGAUUUCAUCCGGAUGGAUGCCUUGAAAUCAUUGAUCGUAAAAAGGACAUUGUUAAACUGCAGCAUGGAGAAUAUGUCUCAUUGGGAAAGGUUGAGGCAGCUCUUAUUGUUAGCCCCUUUGUGGACAAUAUUAUGGUCCAUGCUGAUCCUUUCCAUAGUUACUGUGUGGCACUUGUGGUGGGUUCUCAGUCCACAUUGGAAGAAUGGGCUUCAGAACAAGGAAUUUCUGAUGUCAGUUUUUCAGAAUUGUGUGAGAAAGAAGAAACUGUGAAGGAGGUACAUGCAUCACUUGUAAAGGAAGGAAAGGAAGCUCGUUUGGAGAAAUUUGAGAUUCCUGCGAAAAUUAAAUUGCUUUCUGACCCAUGGACUCCUGAGACUGGUUUAGUCACUGCUGCUCUCAAACUCAAGAGAGAGGCCAUAAAAAAGACUUUUGAUGGAGAACUUUCGAAGUUGUAUGCUUCAUAGGCUAAGGACACUACUAAUCUUUUUACACCUUUUUCCCGUUUUGCAUCGGGCAGGGGUUGAGGUGAGGAGAGGUUUUGUAUUUUUUUGUUGCUAAUCAUCUUUUUUUUCCCAUUUGAAGUUUAUCAUGCAUAGUGAGGCUUAUUUCGUGCAGAUAGUAUGUUGAAUUCACUUUAGUGACAAUGUAAAACGAACUUUAUUAGAUAUUAUUGUUGUAUCAAUUUUCUAUAGAGUUGCUUCC